AUAUGUAAGUGCAAAUGUACAUACUAUUAUUAUAGGUAUCUUAGCACCGAUGCUUUCGGCGGAUUUACCGGGAACUGCAUGUAUCUUCCGUUUAACUUCUUAAAGUUUGGAAUAUAUUUUAGCAGUGCACUUUCUCUUAAAAAAUUGAAAUGGUUUUUGGAAUUCUGAUACGCGGAGGCCUUGUUGUUGGUGCCGUAUAUUACACACGAAGUGCUGGGGUUUGGGGCAAUACGGAGCAAACGGAAAAAAUUUACAAUGGCGUAAAAACUCAGCUUAGUCCAUAUUUUGUAAAAGUAACAAAUCAACUUCCAUUUGAUAUACCUCCAUUGCCGAAGGCGGGGGAGAUCCGGUUUCUGGCCAAGCACUAUUACAAUGUGGGUGUCAAGGGCACAUUCCGUUUUGUGCAUAUGUUGCCUUGUUAUGCUGGCAGAGGGAUCAAGAAGGUUAAAGACACGUUUGAGGAGUUUUCUAAAUCGCCGACAAGUACGGGCAGCGGCAUUGGGGAUUCGACUACGAAGCAAUAAAAUUAAAGCCUAUAACUGUUACCCCCAUCUAAAAAGUUAAUGUAACUAAAUAUACAGUCGAAGUAUAAAAAUUAA